CUUUCCGUUUCCGCGUGGAAAAAAAAACAAGAACUUCAUAAUUUCACGUGUUUUGGUAGUGCUUAUUUUGCACAGCACAGAAUUAAACUGAAUUAAUAUUUUUCUACAAAUAUCAGAGUAAAACAAUAUGAAAAUUAAAAAGCAACAUCGUAAAAAGAAAUAUCUUCAUAAGUUAAAUCGUAAAAGAAUGCAUAAAAAGCAGGAGAAUACGGGUGAAGUACUAUGUAAAGUUAUUAAAGAAUCAUGGGAUCACAGAAAGUCUUCUUAUCGCAAUCUCAGAGACAUGGGACUAGCAACAGAUCCAAACAAAACAAUAAAGAUACCAAACUUUAAGCAACAACAACUUAAAAGAGCCAAGCAAAUGGUCAACGAAGGGGAAUCAGAAUCCGAAGAGGAACAGAAUAUUGAAGAACAACCAAUUAAGGGCCAUGUUGUUGGAUUAUUAGAGAAGGAGUCAAAAGCACCUAGAAAACGGAGAUUUAUGUUACCAAAGGGUCAAGUAGAAUUUAUAACAUAUUUAUUAGACAAAUAUGGUCAUGACUACAAAGCCAUGGAGAGGGACAAAAAGAACUACUAUCAGGAAACUUGGAAACAACUGAGACAAAAAAUCAAGACAUUUAUGGGCAUACCUAAACAAUAUGGUGAAUAUUUACAAUCCAGAGGGAAGUUAGAGGAAGAUGAAGAAGAAUUAAAGAAACAAGCUAAAGCAUUAGUUAUGGAUGAUUGAUGUGAAUGGUUUUUAUAGUUAUAAGUUUUAAAUAAAUGAUUAA